AGAGCCGGAGCCGGAGCGAUGGCGCUGCAGAGCGCGGGGCUUACGCGCUAUUUGCUGCUCCUGGCGCAGGACAACUUGGCAUUUCGGCUGCCGGAAAUAGUAUCUUUGGUUUCACUCUGUGGUGGACGAUUAAAAAAUGAACAGGAACUGAGACCGAAUUCUCCAUUUUGGAUUCUUAGCCUGCCCUCAGAAGAGAUGGCAAGAGGACUAAUGAAGCGAACAGUCUGUGCAAAAUCUAUAUUUGAACUGUGGGGUUAUGGGAAAUCUGCAGAAGAACUGUACUCUUCACUGAAGAAUUACCCAGAGAAGAAAAUGGGGCCGUAUUUACAGUCUAACUUGACAUACAAAAUAAUAGUUCAUGCUUUUAACAAAACGUUAACACAAAGUGAGAAGAUUCAAAGGAUAGAUUCUCUAGGAUAUUUACCAUUUCAAGGAAAAGUGAAUUUAAAGAAUCCAGAUCAUAUAUUUUGGUUUCUAGAAGAUUAUGGAAUGGAUUCAAACAAUGUCCCAGAACUGCCUGUUAAUCUAUAUUUUGGGAGAUGGAUUGCCGAUGGGCAAAGGGACCUUAUUGAGUCAUAUAGUGUAAAAAGGAGACAUUAUAUUGGAAACACAAGUAUGGAUGCCUGCUUGGCUUUUAUCAUGGCAAACCAUGGGAAAGUAAAACCAAAUGAUGUCGUGUUUGAUCCAUUUGUGGGAACAGGUGGACUUCUUAUAGCCUCAGCACGCUUUGGAGCAUAUGUAUGUGGAACAGAUAUAGAUUAUAGCACAAUCCAUGGACUGGGUAAAGCUAGCAGAAAGAACCAAAAAUGGAGAGGACCAGACGAAAAUAUCAGAGCCAACCUUCGUCAGUAUGGCUUGGAAAAAUACUACCUUGAUGUAUUCGUUUCUGAUGCAUCAAAACCCAUAUGGAGGAAGGGGUUGCAGUUUGAUGCAAUACUCACAGACCCUCCAUAUGGCAUACGGGAAGCUACUAGAAGAACUGGGUCACACAAAGAAAUGGCUAAAGUGACAGAGAAAGGCACUGAAAAUCACAUUUACAUUUCUUCAAAUUACAACCUGAGUGACAUCCUUUUCGACCUGUUAAAAUUUGCAUCUGAAUACUUGGUGAUUGGAGGAAGAUUGGUCUACUGGCUUCCUGUGUACAAACCAGAAUAUACAGAAGAGAUUAUACCCCAACACCCAUGUCUGAAACUUAUUAGCAACUGUGAACAGACGCUUUCCAGCCACACGUCAAGACACCUGAUAACCAUGGAAAAGGUGAAAGAAUUUGAGGAGGAAGACCGUGAUUCCUGCAUAUUAGAUAGCCAGUAUUUGCCAUACAAAAGUUAUGAUUCCUUUCGUGAGAAAUAUUUCAGUGGAGUGACAAAGAGGAUUGCCAAGGAAGAAAAAGACAGCCAGAAAUGAUUUUUUUAAAAAAGAAAAGAAAAGAUUGAAAACAAAGAACUCACAAGGUUUGCAUUAAAACAUCUGGAUCUCAACAUUAUAUGGAUGCUUCAGAGAACAAAUACUGUUUUUAAUUUUUUUUAAACUCAAAGGAAAAACCACAACAUAAGUUAAGAACAGUUCUUUUUCAUUAACUUUGUUUAUACCAGAUUAUUGCACAAGGUUUUUUGACUCUAAUUUAUUUUUGUACUUCAAGUUCUAAUGAUAAUUGACUACAACCUUUAUCACUAUUAUUCUUUUUAGCUCAUUACCUCUAGGAAAAACUAGUAUUAUUGUUUGGCUGCUUAAACUGUGAACAUCUGGGAAACUUAAAUAGACAUAAUAUAAUGAUUUUUUAAUUAGGAAGAUUGAUUUAAUUUGUUUUCUUCUUUUGUGCGUGUGUGUGUGCACAUAAAAAAUCAGGAAUUGUGAUUUUUAAAAAUUGUGUUGCAUGCAGCAAUAGCAUAUUUCUUGUGGGCAUGUCUAGGGCCAGACCUGUUCAUGCCAUCAAGGAUUCAGAGUCUAAACUUCAUGAGUCUUGUAUCUGGAAUUCACUAGUAUUUUGGACCUACUAUCACUUUCAAUUGCUGCUGCAUCUGACAGACGAUUUUAGAUAAUUUUAAAUGAUUUAGAUAAAUAAAAACAUCAGUAAAAUCUUCUAAAA